CGCGGGAUCUUUUUUAUUUAUUUAUUUAUCUUUUUCUCCCUCUCCUCCCAUAAUUUUAAUACGUAAUCGAAUAAUGUAUAGGAAAAUUAUUGGUGAGAACGAUAAGUACGAUUUAUGUUAGUUUUCUUACUUUAUGUUUUGUUUUUCUAUUUCUUUUUUCUUUUCUUUUGUAUAUCAUUUGCGAUACAUAAUUUACGAUAGGUGCGUAGUAAAAAAGAAAUAUAUGAUCGUAUUGUACAUAUAUACUUUUCAAACUUACUGAUAUCUUCGAAUAUGUGUACGAAAGAAUCUUAUGAAACGGUACUUUAAAUAAAUCGUUCAUACACGUCCACGGAAUUGUCGUUUUUGCGUAAUAGGUAUUAUAAAUAAUUGAAAUAAGCGAAAGAGAGAGAUAGAGAGAGAAAGAGAGAGAGAGAGAGAGAGAGAGAGAGAGAGAGAAAGGAAGGAAAAUAAAGAGAUAUAUAUAUAUAUAUAUAUAUGAAAAUGUCAUGCAAGAGAAUUUCUAUGGAUACUAGUGUUCUCGAAAAAUUAAUUCCAACGCAUUCCGACGAGGAUACUAUGGAGGAAAAAAAAGCGGGGGAAGAAACAACAACGAAAGAUACAGGAUACGGAACUGUCAAAUACAAGGACGAAAUCGAUGAAUCCUCGUGGAAAUUUUGGAAGAAAAGAAGAUACGUUGUGGCAAUUUUAGCGUUUCUAGGAUUUUUCACUUCUUAUAUACUUCGCGUUAAUUUGAGCGUCGCAAUAGUUGCGAUGACCGAAGAUAAAAUCGACGAGAAUGGAAAAAUUUAUCGGAAAAAAGAAUUCGAUUGGGACUCGAAAACUAAAGGACUUGUUUUGAGUUCAUUUUUUUAUGGAUAUUUGAGUACCCAAUUAUUAGGUGGAUGGUUGGCUGCUAGAGUUGGAGGUAAAAGAGUAUUUGGUCUUGGUAUUGCAGCAACAGCAUUGUUUACUAUCAUUACGCCUCCUCUCGUUAGAACAAGCGUAUAUAUUCUAGUCGUUUUACGUAUUGUUGAAGGAAUUUGUGAGGGUGUUACAUAUCCUUGCAUACAUGCAAUUUGGGCUAAUUGGGCACCCCCAUUGGAAAGAUCAAAAUUAGCCACCUUGGCAUUUUCUGGUAGCUUUUUAGGAACCGUUUUUGCUAUGCCUGUUUCUGGUAUAAUGGCUGAACAUCUCGGUUGGUCUUCAGUUUUCUACGUAUUUGGAGCAAUAGGGCUUAUUUGGUUCUUUGCCUGGUGGAUCCUAGUCAAAGAUCAUCCUGCAGAUGAUCCUAGAAUAUCUCAAGCUGAAUUGGAAUAUAUUCAAAAUAGUAUCGGUAUUACCGUAAACAAAAUGAAAAUAAAACAUCCGUGGAAAGCUAUGUUGAGUUCUCCACCUGUUUGGGCUAUAGUCGCUGCUCAUUUCAGUGAAAAUUGGGGAUUUUAUACCAUGUUAACCCAAUUGCCAACAUUUAUGAAGGACGUGCUCAAGUCCGAAUUGGAAGCAACCGGUUUUAUGUCUGCUCUUCCUUAUUUGGCGAUGACCAUAGUCGUUCAAUGUUCCGGUCAACUGGCUGAUUAUUUGAGAACAAAAAAUCUUUUGACGACGACUCAGGUUCGUAAAAUAUUUAACUGCGGUGCAUUUAUCUUUCAAACGAUCUUUAUGAUCUCUACUGCCUUUAUCUCGACUAAAGUAGGAGCAGUUAUCUGUAUCACCAUAGCGGUUGGCCUUGGUGGCUUUGCUUGGUCUGGCUUUGGAGUCAAUCACUUGGACAUUGCUCCAAAACAUGCCAGUGUUUUAAUGGGAAUAGGUAAUACAAUUGCAACAUUACCAGGCGUCGUCAGUCCUAUUAUUACUGGAUACGUCGUUCAAAAUAAAAGUGCAACAGAAUGGAGGACAGUAUUUAUUAUUGCUGGUUCAGUGUAUCUCAUAGGUGCUAUAAUUUAUGGUAUUUUUGCAUCCGGCGAAAAACAAAGUUGGGCCGAUGAUACUUCGAAAAAACAAGGCGAAGAAGUAGUUUAUGAUAAUCCAGGAUUAGAAAUAGAUAAUUUAUAAUUAAUAAAUAUUUUAAUGAAAAAAAAAAAAAUUAAGAUAAAUUAUAAUUAAUAAUGAUCGAAAGAAUCAUUUGGCUGUAAUUAUAUGUCAAACAUAUAGACGAUUUUAUAUAAAUUGAUAAUGUAUUAUAUUAUUAUUAUUAUUAUUAUUAUUAUUAUUAUUAUUAUUAUUAUUAUUAUUAUUAUUAUUAUUAUUAUUAUUAUAGAAAUUUCUGUGAUACGCUCAUGUAACGUAGGUUUUUCUUUGUAAACGUUAUUUAUCUUUCAAAAUUUUGUGUAAAUAAAAAAAAUAUAUCUCUCAAUAAAUGAUAUAUAAGAAGUGAUAUUACCGACAGUCGGUAUAGUUAUUAAUUCGUAUGAUAGACGGCAUUGUAAUAUCAUUCCAAAUAAUGCUAUAAUUGUACUCGGUCAAUCAUAAAUUCAAAUGAGAGAAUAUUCGAUAAAUAUAUCGAAUGUUCGAUAUCCGAAUCGAUUUAGUUCGAUAUAACACUCUAUCUCGCUAUGGUUGCAUCUUCGAGUUAUCGCAUUUAUAUAUGGUAUGAGAUUAACAGUAGUGAAGAGAUGUAGGUGGAUUGACAAUUCUAGUAUUAUAUCUCUUGUAUUUGCUGCGACGUAUAGAGAAAGAGAGAGAGAGAGAGAGAGAGAGAGAGAGAGAGAGGAACAAAGAGAGAGAAAGGGAGAGAGUCUUGUGUUAAAAGUUAUUGAAAUUAUCAUAUUGAUACAUUGAUAACACUGAUAUCGUUGUUCGUGAUACUAGAAAAUCUUCAUAAAGCAUAAUGUUAUAGGAGAAUGAGACGUCGUUAUUAACUUGUGCGUCAUAAUUUUUAAUUAAUGAUUCCCAUGUUAAGGCAUAACUCAAAACCGUGUUAGACAGAACUUAAAAUUGUUUUCUAUUGCGGCCUUAACAACUUUCAUAUAUGUAUGUAUAUCGCUAUGAACAACAACGACAACUGGAUAUUUGUCACCAGUUGUCAAAAAGAUCAUCAUCGUCGUCAAGAAUGCGAGAUGAUUCAAAUAAUCGAUUUGGGUGAAGGACUAUCGAAAAGAUACUAGCAAUAAAGUGUUAAGUUGUUCUCAUCAAUAUGGCGGCGAAUCUCGAGGAAGAGCAAAGUUUAC